AACGACGUAAAUUAUGAAACAAAGUUUAAGUUGAUGAAGCCAUAUUGCUGGGAAGUAGUGCAGUUGAAAACACAGAUCCAUACCCUAUUUCGCUGUAAAUAGGCGAAGCAAAUUAAUAAGGAAAACAGGACACGGCGCAUGGAAUUCGACAAUCAAAAUCCAAUAAAAAUGCUGCUAAAAAAGAAUAUUUUCGUUUCCUUUAUUAUCUCUGCGCUGUUUGCUGUCACACUGGCAUUGCCUUUGUUGGACGCCUCAUCAGGAAUAGACAACUCAACGAUUGAGGAUAUAUAUGCCAGUGCCAAUGACACACCAAAAAAUCUCUAUGUUGUUAAGGCUGUUGUAUAUGAAAUUGGUAUUUUGACUGAAGCGGAUGAUAAUGAAACCAGUUUCGAAAGUCAAGAACGUGUGGAUUUAACCUUCUAUGACGCCCACUCUAAUCAGAGCCAUAUUAACCUUGGUAAUGUGCCCUUACCGAUCCAAACGAACAUUUCCGGGCAAGUGCUUACCGGCAUUGCGCCCGUCAAUAUUGGCGCGUUCAGCAAUCCUACGGAAAUUUUGCAAACGCUGCCAUUAACCGGAACCAUUGUUAAUAUAACGCAUAGCAAUACGGCGUACUAUCAACUUACGAAGUCGAACGCCAGCGACACGUUGAAGCCUCAUGUAACGGAUGUUGAAGAUUUGACAAAUGUGGCCGAUCUCUUUCCAGUAGUCAGCAAGGUCCCCCUACAAUACCCAGUUCCUGCUAUUGACGAAGCAAACGCCGUGAAAAGUUAAAAUAUUUACUAUUUUGAGUAAGGUGCGCUAAAUAUGUAAAAGCAGUUGUUUGCCUCACUGGAAAUAAAGACUGUGGAUAGGUAAAUUAUUUAUAUACAUAUGCAUGUAUGUAUAUAUUUAUUUAUUUAGGGUGUUAAUAUCGACAUAUAGAGGUGAUUCUUAACCGUUACUACUAAUUUGCCCCAUGUCCAUGUUCAAUUUGCUAAUACAUACACAACACAUACAACUUUUACAUAUGUAUCA